AUGUCAAGGUGUGAAACCACUUAUUCAAUCUUUCUGGAAGUUCAAGAAACAAAUGAAGAUUUUCAAUGAAAUAAAAUAAAUGCCUCUGGAACAUUGACAUCACCUUAGAGGUAGGUUCCAAUUUGGCCAAUAGUUGUCCAAAAUUUCAACUUAUGCAAACUAAACGCGUUGAAAAAUACCACCACCCCAACAAGAACUAAAUAUCAAAUCAAAUACCAAAGAGCCUGUUCAAUAUCUCUCUCAAUACCAUUUAUUUUCAUAUCCAUGUUCAAAUACCUUGUUUUCCAACAAAUCACUCACCAAAGCCACCACCAUGCAGCUCAAUCGCCUAUGCAUUGUUUUACCACCAAAAUCUGGUGAAAUGAUGCAACCAUUUGAAAAGGGUGUCCAACAACAACCCUUUCAAACAGCAAAGAAACAAGAUAAGGCUAAACAACCUCAAAGGGCUUGUGGGGGGCAAGUUCUUGAUUUGCUCCGUGAUUCUUUGAUCAAGUUCUAUGACUCAGGGUGGUGGAGAAUUUGCCAAAGAGGAGAGCACAAAGAGAACAAGAACUCUGGUUUGUUGUUUCAUGACAUGGAUGGUGUGCAAGUUUCUGUCAACAUUGGCUCGGACAACCCAAGGAUUUUCAGUUAUGCAGAGCUUUUCAUAGGGUCAAAUGGUUUCUGUGAAGACCAAGUUCUAGGGAGUGGAGGGUUUGGCAAAGUUUAUAAGGCUGUUUUACCAAGUGAUGGAACAGUGGUUGCUGUGAAGUGCUGUUUAGAAGAGAAAGGAAAACAAUUUGAGAAGAGUUUUGCAGCAGAAUUAACAGCUGUGGCAGAUCUUCGCCACAAGAAUCUUGUGAGGUUGAGGGGUUGGUGUGUUCAUGAAGAUCAAUUGCACCUUGUCUAUGACUACAUGCCUAACCGAAGCCUUGACCGUGUACUAUUUCGCAGGCAUGAGAACUUGAAGGCUGAGCCUCUUGGUUGGGGACAAAGAGGGAAAAUUGUUAAAGGUUUGGCAGCUGCAUUGUACUAUCUCCAUGAACAACUAGAAACUCAAAUCAUUCAUAGGGAUGUUAAAACCAGCAAUGUGAUGCUUGAUUCUCAUUACAAUGCUCGCUUGGGUGAUUUUGGCAUGGCUAGGUGGCUAGAACAUGAGCUUGAGUACAAGUAUAUCAAUAGUAAAAAAACUUCAACAAAAGUUGACCAUUUCAGGUUGGGAGAGACAUCAAGAAUUGGUGGCACAAUUGGGUAUCUUCCACCUGAAAGCUUGCAGAAGCCAAGCAAUGCUACCUCCAAAUCUGAUGUCUUCAGCUUUGGGAUAGUUGUGCUAGAGGUGGUGUCUGGAAGAAGAGCAAUAGAUCUCACAUACCCGGAUGAACAAAUCAUUUUGCUUGACUGGAUCAGAAGGCUUUCUGAUGAAGGGAAACUUCUGGAAGCAGCUGAUACUCGGUUACCAGAUGGUUCCUACAAGCUUUCACAGAUGCAACAUUUCAUUCACAUAGGCCUCCUCUGCACACUCCAUGACCCACAAUUGAGGCCAAACAUGAAAUGGGUUGUGGAAGCACUUUCUGACAUUGCUUUCCAUUUGCCAGCACUCCCUUCAUUUCUCUCCCACCCUUUAUAUAUAUCUCUCUCUUCCCCAUCAGGGACUAGUCAUAGUCCUAGUAGCACAAGUGGCACCAGCUCUACCACAGAGAAUGCUAGCAUAAUCACCAACUAUACUUCAUCAAACUAUGUCACAGCCGCAGGUGAAACUGUGUAUGUAACUGCUGAACACAAAAACAGUGAAAUCAUCUCUUCUAAGAGCAUGAAUCACCACCAAUCGUUUCCCAUGGUUGAAACUCCAAGAGAAAUAUCAUACAAGGAGAUUAUUUCUGCUACAGAUAACUUUUCAGAUUCAAGAAGGGUUGCUGAGCUAGAUUUUGGAACUGCUUAUCAUGGCAUACUUGAUGACAGUUGCCAUGUCUUGGUGAAACGCCUGGGGAUGAAGACGUGUCCCGCAUUGCGCGACAGAUUCUCGAAUGAACUGCGGAAUCUAGGAAAGCUUCGCCAUAGGAAUUUGGUGCAGCUUCGUGGGUGGUGCACUGAGCAAGGAGAGAUGCUAGUUAUUUAUGAUUACUCAGCAAGCAGAAUUCUCAGUCAACAGCUUCUGCAUCAUAGCAGUGGAAGUAGAACUGGGUGUUCUGUCCUCCAAUGGCACCACAGGUACAACAUAGUAAAAGGACUGGCCUCUGCAGUCCUCUAUCUACAUGAGGAAUGGGAUGAGCAAGUGAUUCACAGAAACAUUACCUCUUCAGCUGUCAUCCUUGAACCAGAUAUGAACCCAAGACUAAGCAGUUUUGCUCUAGCUGAAUUUUUGUCAAGAAAUGAGCAUGGCCAUCAUGUAAUCAUUGACACUAGAAAAUCAGUUCGUGGGAUAUUCGGCUACAUUUCACCAGAAUAUGUGGAAUCUGGUGAAGCUACCUCAGCAGCUGAUGUUUAUAGUUUUGGUGUGGUGGUGCUUGAAGUUGUCACUGGACAGAUGGCAGUGGACUUCAGGCAGCCAGAGGUGCUUUUGGUGAAGAAGGUUCAUGAAUUUGAGAUGAGAAAAAGACCAUUGAAGGAAUUAGCUGACAUAAGACUUAAUGGAGAGUUCAAUGACAAAGAACUGAUGAGAUUGGUAAGGUUAGGAAUUGCAUGCACCCGUUGCAACCCACAGUUAAGACCAACCAUGAGACAAAUAGUAAGCAUCCUUGGUGGCAAUGACAAAUUACUCAUGCAGAAUAACACGGAAAGCAUGGAAGAAUGGAGACAAAGAAAUGCUAGUUCUUUGGAAAUGAUUAAGAGAAUCCAAGCUCUAGGAAUACAGUAAGUAGUUACAGUGGUCAUUGGUGUAACCUAAGGAAACUGAAAUUUUUGUAAAAUAGAGAAGGCUGUUUCUUUGUAUCUCCUUAUUUUAUCUAUUUUAUCUGCUUAUUAUCUAUGCUAGGUUGUAUAUACAGAAGUUUAAUGUAUCGGUUUAUCUUUCAGCUGAAGCAUUAGUCAAAUUAUGUAUUUCUAUCAUAAUUUUUCUUAUAUUCCCACAAGCAAAAUGUAUAAAUUUCUCCAACCAAAGUUUCAAGAAAAUGAUAAAAUUCAAGCUUAUACACAUUAAGCACUAUCUAAUCUAAAUUUAAGCAUUCUCUGCAGUAGAAUAGCUAUUCAUCAACAUCAAUCCCAAUCCAUUUGAUGAAACCAAAGAGGAACCCCCUGAAUGUGGCCUGCCCAUUCUUGUCCCAGUCUAUAUCUUCUGCAAGGAAAACAAAACCAGACAGUGACAUACAAAUAAGGAUAGUGAAAUGAAAAAUGAAACAACAGAUCAUGUUAUAAAGGAGGAAUUGAAGUGAAGUUACUAUUACCAAGUCGUUUUCUAGUGAUGUGCGAUGGUGAUCUUUCCCGAGGGGUAGUCUCAUUCAAUGUCAAGGCCAUGUCCUCAUGGUUAAUCUUCCCAUCAGAAUUAUGAUCAAAAAACAGAAAGACCUCAACUAUGGUGUCAAAAAUUUCUCCAAUCUGUGCUAACUCUGCUUUGGAAGGCUGAGAGGAAAACAUAAUCAUUAUAUCAGUAGUGACUGCACAGUUUAAGCAGAUAUGUCUAUCAAGUUCAAGAUCAAGAUAGCACAAAUUAAGUUUCUGAUGAAUACAUUAUCAGAAGAUGAAGGUUCUGUUAGGAGAUGUACGAGGCAUAGAAGAACAAUAAAUUCAUUGAACUGUAUCCCCUUGCUUCCAUCAAUAUCACAGUACUUAAAAAUAUUCUGACUUUCAUCCUCUGGAAGAUGAAGUUGCAAAUGUUCUAACAACCUUUUUAGUUCAUUAGGCUCUAUAGAUCCAUUAGAGUUCACAUCUGUGAAAGAUACAAAAGGUUAGUUUUCUAUCAAAAUUUAUGUGCUUUGGUUCAUAAAGAAAAGAAUGUUGGGGUUGUUUUUGAAACUUACCAUACUUUUCAAACAUUACUCUUAACGACUUCAGUUUCUCCUCGAACGUAGGGAACAUCAUAAAUAUGUUAUCAAUUGAUUUCAUUCUU